UUCUAAAGAUGUGGCAUUGUCACAUAAUUUACCUAGCACAGUAGACUUGCAAAGGCAGGAGAUAAAGAAGAAUAAUAUGCUUUAUAAUAUGCUAGAGAACAAAUGUGGAAAUGCUUUGCUGUUAAGGAGAGACGUGGAAAAAAAAAAAAAAAAGGAGAGGACAAGGAUGUGCUGCUUUGGUGAUCCACUGUGGGUCCUAGACUGUCCAGCUGGAUAGGCCUGGGGUUUUGAUGGAGGUUGCGUGCGUUGGGAGAAGCAGGCAAUAUGUUUAGCAGUAGCCCUCACAUCUGGGCAAGAAGCAGCAGGAGCUCAAGGGUUCCUUGGAUGAAAAGUUCUGCUUGAAUCACUCAACAAGAACGAGCAAUCAGCCAAUGGCCAGUCCCAAUCCAGGGAGUCCACAAACUCUCAGUUCAAGAAAAUGAGCAGAGACUUCCCAUCGGCCAACGGAGAGGCUGGUGGGGAGGCCCCCAAGGGCUACACUCAGGACCAGGUGGAUGCAGUGAAGAGGGUAAAGCAGUGCAAAGAUUACUAUGAAAUUCUGGGAGUAAACAGAGAAGCUUCUGAUGAGGACCUGAAAAAGGCCUACCGGAAACUUGCACUGAAGUUUCACCCAGAUAAGAACCACGCACCAGGGGCUACAGAGGCAUUUAAAGCCAUUGGUAAUGCGUAUGCGGUAUUGAGCAACCCAGAGAAGAGGAAGCAAUAUGACCAGUUUGGAGAUGAGAAACUCAACCCUGCUCGGCACGGACACAGUCACUCGGACUUCCACCGUGGGUUUGAGGCCGACAUCUCACCCGAGGACCUCUUCAACAUGUUUUUUGGUGGUGGUUUUCCUUCUAGUAACGUUCACGUAUACAGCAAUGGCAGGAUGCGAUAUACCUACCAUCAGAGGCAGGACAGACGAGAACAUCAGGGUGACGGUGGCCUUGGGUUGUUUGUCCAGCUGAUGCCUAUCCUCAUCCUGAUCAUUGUGUCUGCUCUCAGCCAGAUGAUGGUCUCCAGCCCACCCUACAGUUUGAGCCAGAGGCCGUCUGUGGGUCACAUACACAGGAGAGUGACAGAGCACUUGAAAGUCAGCUACUACGUAUCUGAGAACUUUGCAGACGAAUACACAGGCACAAACCUGAAAAAUGUUGAAAGGAGCGUGGAGGACGACUAUAUUGCAAACCUUCGAAAUAACUGCUGGAAAGAGAAGCAGCAGAAGGAAGGCUUGUUGUACCGGGCACGCUACUUCGGAGACUCGGAUCUGUACCAGCGAGCACAGAAGAUGGGCACCCCCAGCUGUAGCAGACUGUCAGAUGUUCAAGCCUCUCUGCACGGAUAGUCACCGCCUGCCCGCUCAGCAGAGGUCUAAACUCAUGAAAUGCCUGAAGACUUUUGGUGAAGUGCACUGAGCCGAGGUGACAGACUUGAUAUUUAAAAGAAUCAAACCUUAUCUUAAAAAUGGAAUUGGAGAAUUAGCAACGCACAACUGCCCUCUUUCUUCUCUCUGCCUGUCUCCGCUGUUCGACCUACGUCUCAGGCAGCGAUUAGGACAGGAAAUCAAGCUGCCUGUCUUCCUCCUUCCCUUCUGACACCGCUAGUGUGCGACAGUCUCCUUGCUCCUGGGCUCCCACAACCCCGAGAACAGACGCGUAAAGUGUAAAAUAACACAAACUAACUGCAGAAGCCGUGAAGCAGAAGGAGAUCCUUCGCGACUGCGCUGGUCACUGCCGACGGAGAGAGAAAUUGGACGAUUUGGUGAUAAAAGAAAACUUUGAAAAAAAGAAAAUAUAAUCUAUUUAGAAUUAAUUUAUAGCUGUAUAUAUGUUGUACUUUUAAACUAUGCAGGGGUUGGAUGAUUAAAUUAUUUUGUUUUCUGCCCGGUUUGGUAAACAAGGAAGCGGGAAGUCUUUUCGCAGGGUGUCUCGCUCUGCAGUGCUUUCCUGCCUGACACACUAAAAGAAGAAUCACUUUGCUGUUACUGUAUUUUGCUUUCUGGAGGACAGCGGUGUUCUGCGGCUUGGGAUGUCGAUACCUGCCUUUCGGGUUUUAAUAAAAGAAAUUCCAAAUCUGUAGGGGGUAACAAAGAAAUCGGGGAAACUGUCCAGAUUUGUGGUGUGGUUUUGCAGCGUGGGCAGAAGCUGCAGCGGGUCAGCUGAGCCCCCGCGUCGCACUCAGUGACGGGAAGGAUUGUCCUGGAUGGUUUUUGCUCAUCAGUCGUUGGGUUUAUUUGUGCACGUAACUUCUUUUUUUGCAGAGUCUGCUUUAAUUUUGCCUCGUCAUCAGCGUGCGGCGUUCGUUCUGUAAAGAGGGCUUUCCACAAGCCGUCUCCCUUUGUUGGUUUUUUUUUUGUGUGUGUCCUACACUUGGGGUUCCUCACCCACCAGGACUCCCGUUUGCAACAUGGCUGUGGCCUUGACACCCUAUCUCUAACGGUUCCUAAAGGAGACCCAUAAAAUACUGCUAAUUCAUAAGAAAUGGAGCUUUCUAUUGCUUCUGUUGAAAGAAGUUUUGCCGGGGGAGAUCACAGGGUGCGCCUGAGCUCUCCUCGGACCCCACCUGAGCUCUGCAGUGUGUCUCUCACUCGAUCACCAACAGGCAGGACUGGCGGGAGGGUGCUCGAGGUUAGGAGCCGUCUCUUCAAAGCAAAGCCGGCAUGAGCGGAGCUCCCUUCCAUCGAAUAAACUGGAUUUUUUUUUUUUUUUUUUGGUACUUUGUGGUUCAUUUUUGUCUAAAGACAUUUCCAGUGAGAACAGUCCCCCAUCACGCUCGGGGGGAUGAAUCAAAAGCACGGUGGCUUCCGGGUGAGGUGGCAGGAGCUGGAAGAGGCGAGAGGUAAGGUGGUUUUAUUUGUCAUUAGGAAUCCAUGUGCUCUGUCUUCAGCUAUUUAUUUAUUUUGCAAAAUAUCAGCCCUCCCGUUAACUGCAAGCCUUACUAUCCCACAGCCACCAUGACUUGGACCUGAUUUUAAGGGUUUUUUUUCUUCUUUUUGUUUCUUUAAAUUCCUCCACCUUUGGAAGGAAUUGGGUGGAAGUACAGCAUUUGGAAAUAGCUCUUAGUAGCGGCACAGGCUAGCUGGCAUGAAGAGAUCAUGGGGAGGGGGUGAAAUGAAAACCACGUACGCAGAAGGUGCUGAAUGUCUUGCACAACAGCAUUCCUUGCCCAGAGCCUGCCCGCCAAAACCUUUUGAUUAUUUUUCUUCAAGUAGAUACCCAUGGAUAAUAACGAGCGAGAAGGCAUAGAUCCUAACGGAUGCUCACAGAGGCUGUAUCUCUCGAUUUAGAAUUAAUUAUACAAUUGUACAUCUAUAAAUAAAUGUUUAUAACGUGAAA